ACUAGAGGGGAAGCUUUUUUUUUUUUUAUAAAUACACUCAGUAUGUUCUGCGUAGUCACUCAGACUGAAGUGGAACCAGGAACGGGAGGAUUAAAGCAAGAGUCAGUGGAGCUUUUAGAAAGGAAUUAAGGCAAAGCUAGAGAAAGUUUGAUAACCGACAGAGAUCCAUUAUUCAUUGACCAAGAAGUCUUGUCAGAGGAAAUAGUCUCAUAUUUCAACUCUGAGACCAGUGUGAGCUGUUGAGAGACUAAAUGAUCCUUUCGAUGGCAGUUUUGGCAGGUGUGAAGUCCGUGGCUGGACAGAGGACGCGUAAAGGGAGUCUGUCAUGGCCCGUUUCCCUCCUGAUGCUAGCUGCCGUCACAUCGUCCUCUCUUUCAGCCUUGUCCCUGUACCAGCUGAUGGCUCUCAGAGCUGAGGUAGAGGAACUCAAAUCAGAGGUCCUUCGUAAGAGACAAGAGGGUCAAGAGGUCAAGCACGGAGCGCAGCCUGAGAAUAUAAGGAGUAGCAGCCAAGAAGUCCUACAUCAACGUGAGGCUGAGUAUGGUUCCUCCCACAUGAGAAGGAAGAGAAUGGUGGCUGCAACAGAGACACGAGUUUUACAGCCUUGUCUACAGCUGUUGGCGGACGAUGAAAGGACAACCUUCACAAAAGAAUUUGACUUGGAGCCGCACACAGGUAUCCCGUGGCAGACUGGACUGAGGAGGGGCUCUGCCUUGGAGGCAGACGGCGACAGCAUCCUGGUUAAAGAGGAGGGCUUCUUCUUUGUGUACAGUCAGGUCUAUUACAUGGACACAAUUUUUGCAAUGGGACACGUGGUGAUCCGGAGGAAGAGGAAUGUGGUGGGAGACGAGCCUCAGUAUGUGAUCCUGUUCCGCUGCGUCCAGAACAUGAAUCCUGACUACCCUUUCAACACCUGCUACACAGGAGGUAUUGUGAAACUGGAGGUUGGUGACCACUUGGAGAUCCUGAUCCCCCGUCCCACAGCCAAUGUGUCCCUGGAUGGAGAAGCCACCUUUCUGGGUGCCGUCAAAUUGGCUUAAAAUGUGUGUCGCCUCCCUUUGAACGCAUGGGACGCUGUUGUCUUGGAGAACAGGUGCCAAAUGGGGAGGAGAGUGGGCAACAAGGAACAGUUCUGUGUCAGGAUGUUGGACGGACAGAUACAGAAAGUAGAGUUUUCUCUACUCCUUGUGUGACUCCUUGCUUUGGGACAAGGAGUUGACAGCAUAGUCUUUGCAUACAUAUACUUAAGAUGCACCUUAUAGCUCUGUUUUUAACACUCAGCAAGACAAACUAUUGAAAAGUUAUGCCAUAAUAAAGUACCCUUUAUGCACUAAUCAAUUGUCUUUUAAUAGCAGCCACAUAACCACACCCCUGGAAAUAGUUUUUCUUUCUUUCUUUCUUUCUUUCUUUCUUUCUUUCUUUCUUUCUUCUCUAAUUGUUCCAUGCAUGUAAAUUCUGGUUACAAUCUGAAUGUCUCUUGCUAGAGUUUAAUUUUACUUUUAUGUAUGCUUAAAAUGUUCAUAUUCUUCAAAGUGACAGUCUUGCUCAAGCGAUGACAUCAUCUGGAGUGUGGGUGAGGGUUGCUGUUCCCGUAAUGACCACUAGAGGACAAAAAGCAGCAAAGAGACACGUCCAGUAAAGACUGAGCAGGUAGAGCUAAUAGUAUACUGAUGACAUGUUUGCAUAUGAUAUAGCCGACUCAUCUGUUAUUGAUCUUUUAUGUUGAUGGAAUCAAAUGAUAAUGAUGAUAUUACAUCAUGUGAACUGAUAUUUCAUAAA